AUGAAAGAGCCCAAGGUUGAUGCUCGUGAGAUCUCAUUUGAGCAACUGAUGCUUCAAGCUACUCAAGUAGCCAAGGAACAAAAUGCAGUUUUGGCUGAAAAGGCUCUCGAAAAGAAACGAGAAAAAGAGUUGCAGGCCCGACGUGAGGAAGAAGCAGAAAGAGCUCGUAAAGAGACUUUGGCAGUACUGGCUCAGCAAAGAAACGAACAAGCCAGGCGCCAACAACGCAUGCUAGACGAAAAACAACAACGACGCGAAGAACUGCGGCAAGCCAAACCACGCCGCCCAGCAGACCGUAUACCGCCAUCAUCAUCAACGUCUGAACGAGAAACGAUGAGUCGUGGAAAGACUAAAUCAAAUCCUUCAAAGAUUAUAGCACCAGAAAAAAAAAAACAUGCCGAAAUUUCAUUUGAACAAUUGAUGGAAAAAGCCAAGGAGAUGACUUCAAAACCAAAGGAUAAUUUUAGGCAACAAAUGACAUCUUCUGAAGGACCGGCAGUUGCUUCAAAACGGCUUCCUUCGAAAAUGUCAUUAGGUACUACAAAGGGUCCCAAAUCGUCAGUUGAUUUAUCCGGGCCACUUGGAGGAGGAGGAGGAGGAGAAGGUAGUCGCGUGCCUCGCCAGAAAGAUAUCGGUAGUGGGAGAAGUAUCGGACAGACAACAGGAACAAACCGUCCUCCGGCAUCCAGACCUCGUUCUCGUUCUCGAGAUGAAAACACGGCUAGCUCGAUAUAUGUUCACAAGGCUGGCCCACAAAAAUCAUCUACAGUCCGCCCCAAGCUUGCAACAGAGGGCCGCCCGGUGUCUGCUCGUGAGAAAGCUGUGGCUGGAUGUGUGCCUCAAAAGGUAGAGCGUCAACAACGGGACAGACGUACUAUUAGUGAGGUUCAGCGGGAGAGACGGCAUGCACGCGGGCAUUAUUCUGAUGAAGAAAUACGUGUAAAUAAGCGCCCUGUUCCUCCCUCUUCUGCCUCUUCUUCCUCGUUUACUGGUGCUCGUUCUCUACAAGCCGGGAAGCGUGCAGGAGUUCCACUGCCACGUGGAAUUCAGCGUUCAAGAGACACUAGCCCCCCUGACCCUAGACGUGCCCGGCCUCAUCCUGCCUCUAGUUCUUUAGCUGCUAAUGGACCCAGAUCAUCGAUCCAAUCUUCAGGUAGACCUAGAGUACGUAGUCCAGACGAUGACAGACGACCGCGACAAUCUAUGCAAGAUAGACCGAUGAUGAAUCGCCGCGAUCUUCCUCCUAUGCCUGGCAGACCACGGCCGAGUCAGGAACCUGGCAUUAGACGUAUGCCGUUCCGUCCCAUGGAGCGUCGACCUGUGCGCCGCCCUAGACCGAUAGAUGAAGAGCAGGACGAUGACCUUGAUUCGUUUAUUGUUGAUGAUGAUGAAGAGGACAACCGGGAUUAUUAUGGUGCCGAUGUGUCCUCUGAAAUCAGUCGUAUUUUUAGAUAUGACAAGUCAAAGUAUGAUAAUGACUUUUAUUCUGAUGAUGACAUGGAGGCAGAUGCAAGUGAAGUAUUGCGUGAAGAAAAAAGAAGUGCAAGAAUUGGGCGAAAGGAAGAUUUACGUGAAGAAAAGCUUGAACUCGAAAGGGCAAAAAAGCGAAAGGGUGGCGGUGGCGGCGGCGGUGGUGAUCCAUCGCCUGAACGGAAAGGAAGUCGACCUGUGAGAAGGGAUGGGUCUCCUGAUCCAAAAAAGAGAAAAGCAGAAAAGGAUCCAAAGAUGAUGGGUCAAUCCAAGGCUAAAAAGGCUUCAAGGGAGAAAGACUAUGCAUAA